AUGGAUGCAUGGGAAUUUGCCGACGAGGUAGAUGUCCUUGCUAAACUUCCUGCCAAUUUCGAUGAAUUGAGAGAGUCGAAGAAAUGGCAGGAAAGGAAAGAGGCUCUAGAAGCGCUUGCCACAUUACUAGAUGCGACCGUUAGAUUAUCCACGAAAGCCAGCUAUGGAGAGAUUCUUGUUCUCACCAUAUGCUCAGUCGGUGAUUUGAUCAAGUUUUACUUUCAGAUAAUUCCGGUUGUCUUCGAUAAAUUAAAAGAGAAAAAGCCGUUACUUAGAGACCCGCUUGUCGAAUUAGUUGGUUUCCUUUUACAGAUUCCUUCUCUUGAAGUAAUAGUCGAGGAGAUUGAGGCAAAUAUGGGAAAGCCGAAUCCGCAGAUCAAGCAACAAGUGGACAAUUUCUUGAGCAGACAAAUUAACCUGCUAACUUCAGAUAAGGCUCCUAAGAAGUUGAUCAAGACAGUAGUUCCUGUGCUGAUAAAGCACGCCGCAGAUGCGGACCAAGAUGUCCGUGAAGCCUCUUUAGGAACUAUCGGUGCUAUCCAGCGUCUCAUUGGUGACAAGAAUGUGCGAUCCAUGAUCGGUGAUCUCAGUAACGAUGAAGUGAAAAUGAAAAAAAUAGCAGAGUAUGCGGAGAAAGCAGCACAAGCGCAUGCCGAAGAAAUGGCAAAACAUUCGGCAACCACUAACAGUGAGCAGGCAGCUCCAGAUGAAUCGUCCGUUGCCGCAGAAACUGGACCUCGUCCAAGUACUGCUAGCGCUCCAGCUCCUGUUAAGGAAGCAGACCCAUGGGACUUUCUGGAAGCUGUCGAUGUGCUUGCGAAACUUCCUGAUGAUUUUAACACCAAUAUUGAGAGCAAGAAGUGGACAGAACGAAGGGAUGCACUACAGUUGUUACUCGACCUUAUAACAGCAAAUCCUAAAUUGGAUCCAAAAGCAUCGUACGGUGAACAUAUUUCGCUACUGAAAAGGAUCAUAGAGAAAGAUGCCAAUAUAAAUGUAGCGGCUUUGGCUGCAAAAUGCAUGAGAGGGGUUGCUGAGGGCUUGCGGAAAAAGUUUGCUCCCCAUGCUCCUUCUGUCGUUCCUGUAAUUUUUGACAAAUUCAAGGAGAAGAAACCAUUACUUCGUGAUCCUUUGGUUGAAUGUAUCGACGCCAUUUUUGCCACGACGACGCUUGAAGCAAUAGGAGACGAUAUUCUUGCUGCACUCGAAAAGCCGAAUCCAAACAUCAAAAUACAGACCGAUCUUUUCUUAUACAGGUCAGCACCUAAUUCUGUCUUACAUUGUACUGACCUCAGAAUAAUGGUUUUCAGGGCCUUCAAAUUACUUAAUGCUCAAACAAUGCCGAAAAAAACCCUCAAGUCAAUCGCGCCAUUGCUGAUCAAGCAUACAGCCGAUUCAGACGCCGAGGUUCGCGACGCCUCUUAUGCUGCCCUAGGUUCGGCCAUGCGUGCUAUUGGGGAGAAGCCUUGUCUACCGCUUCUUUCAGAUAUCCUAGACGAUAAGCUCAAAAUGGGAAAGAUAAAGGAGUUCUAUCAGAAAGCUUGCGAGGAGGCAGGCCCAGAAGUGAUCACUCAAAUGGUCCAAUCAAUUCACAAAGCCGACGUAAGUAUCUUGUGGUCCAUCAAAAAGAAUAAAAAAAAAUCAAAAACCAAAUUCAAGCUGCAUGCUUUGCAGGUGGAAGAAGAGGAAGAGCCUGUGCAGAAACCACCAGAUGAACUUCUAACAACAAACGACGAAAAGCAACAGCGCAUCAAAGAUGAACGUACUCUCAAGACUCUCAAGUGGAAUUUUACUCUUCCGACAGAAGAGCACAUGGCGCAGCUGCAAGAACAAUUGGGCCGUCAUGCAAAGGCAUCUCUUAUGGCUAUGCUGUACCAUAAGGAUUUUAAGCAACACCUGAAAGCAAUCGAGUUACUGAUGAAGAGUGCCGAAACUAAUCCUGAAUCGCUGGUGAAAAACAGCGAUCUUUUGCUGAAGUGGUGUACACUGCGAUUUUAUGAAACAAAUCCCUCUGUUCUAAUCAAGGUGCUGGAGUUUGCAAAGCAAGUUCUUGUCCUCAUGAAAGCCUUUGACGAGCCGAUGUCUACUGAAGAAAUGAAUGCAUUCGUGCCGCAUUUGCUUUUAAAGUCUGGGGAACAAAAGGAAACCAUGCGAAACGCUGUCCGUGAAAUCAUCGAUGAAAUCACUGACAUCUGCGGUCCUUUCAAAAUGUGUCCAACGCUCCUUGGUACGAUUACAUUAAAAAACUUUCGACCU